CUGCAACAUUCAAGUACAUACCAUCGCCAACCUUGCAUCCUGCAUCUUGCAGGUCAUUCAUUCCUGUCCGCCAUGCCCUCAUCUAUCCUCGUUCUCACUGGCAAAGACGUCGCCGAACUGCUCGAAUCCCCAUCCACCAUCCGAUCGGCUCUCGAAUCUCAAUCCCGAGCUUUCAAGGCAUACUCUUCCUCGAAUCGGCAGGGUUUCAUCCAAGCACCUCUCAGGACCACCUUGACAUCGAACGAUGUGACUACCCUGGUCAUGCCCGCUCGUGCCGACGCAAAAUUGGACCUGGGCGGGAUCGGGAUCAAGGUCGUCUCGGUACCCAACCAGGGGAACGCCGGUUUACCCGCGACCACGACCAUCUUUGACGAAACGACGGGCAACCUCAGGGCCGUUAUCAAUGCUCGUGCCCUGACCGCACUAAGAAAUGCUUGUGGCUCGACGCUCUACCUCCAAACCAUCUUCAACGACCCCUCUGAUCGUCCGAAGCACAUCGUUUUCUUCGGCUCUGGAGCUCAAAUAAGAGCCCACGCUGCUCUUUUCAAGACCUUCUUCCCGAGUAUCUCCUCGAUGACGAUCAUCAAUCGGCGAAAGACGGACCGGCUGGAUCAGCUGGGAAACGAGCUACGCGCUUUGUUCACCAACAGCAAAGAUUCAAAGAUCAGGGCCGAGGUCGAGGUCGAUAUCGUCCUCGGGGUGAAUGGGGAAGAAGGUUUCGACCAGGAGCGAGUCCUAGAGAAGGCGGACGUGAUCGUCACAGCGACCCCGUCCACCGAAUCCCUCUUUCCCUCUUCAGCCAUCCCCUCACGCGAGGGUUCUUAUUCCGGCAGUAACGAUGACGAGAACAUCGACAAGAAGAGGAAUAAGACGGCAAUCGUCCUUAUCGGGUCUUAUAAACCCCACAUGCGAGAGAUCGAUGCAGACCUCGUCAACCGCGCUUUGCGAUCGGGUGGGAAGAUCACGUGCGAUUCCAGGGAAGCUUGUCUGACCGAGGCAGGCGAGUUGCAGGACGUCAGACCUGAUCAGACUGUUGAGCUUGGGGAGAUCUUGAAUACACAAGACGGCCGCGCGGAAUCGGUCAGGCCGGACGGGGGAGAAGUCAAUAUAUACAAGAGCGUAGGGAUCGCCGUGCAGGAUGUAGCGGUUGCGAAUGCCAUGAUCGAGGCGGCCAAGGGGUUGGGAGUCGGCACGGUCAUAGAAGAUUACGACUAGCGAGGUCGUCCAAGCGCGACAAGGCGAUUCCGCAUGAUCGAUGGAGGACGAUUGAGCAUUUCAUGAUAAAC